UUUCUUCCGUAAAAAAGAGUACAAAACUAGUGCAAGAAACGUGUAUCUAUAUCACGUGACGACUUUUGGUCAGCAUGCGACUUUCAUCCAACAUGGCCACCGGCAGGGGACUUGCAGUAAUUCUCAGACCGAAAACUAUUAGUCUGAUUGGGUGUAGUAAAUUAAAUAAAUUGCAAAGUGAUAUCCUACAAAAAUGCAACAAUUGUCAACGUCAUUUUGCUACCUUGACAUUGGGUGUCGCAGCCUGGAACCGAGAACUCGUCAACAAACACGUAGACAAAUUCGAAACACGUCGUCGAGGAUUUCACACGUCAACAAGACUGCUGGUGAAACGUGACUAUUAUGAAAUUCUUGGUGUUUCGAAAAAUGCUGCUGCAAAGGAUAUCAAGAAGGCUUAUUAUCAAUUAGCUAAAAAAUAUCAUCCUGACACUAACAAGGAUGAUCCAAACGCUAGUAAAAAGUUUCAAGAAGUUUCUGAGGCAUACGAAGUUCUUAGUGAUGAAUCUAAGAGAAAGCAGUACGAUACUUGGGGAGCUACUUCAGAACAAAUGGGUAUGGGUGGUAGUGGUGGUGCCGGUAAUCAGGCACAUCAAGAUCGUGGUUCACAUAGUUUUCAUCAAAACUGGCAAUUUAAGUCCUCUGUUAACCCUGAAGAGUUAUUUAGAAAAAUUUUUGGGGAUGCUGGUUUUCAAAACAGUGGGUUUGCAGACUUUGAUGAUUUUGCAGAAAACAAAUAUGGAUUUGGUGCUGCUCAAGAGGUUAUAAUGAAUUUAACAUUUUCUCAAGCUGCUAGAGGAGUUAACAAAGACAUUUCAGUAAACGUUGUUGAUACUUGUCCCAAAUGUCGUGGUAGUAGAUGCGAACUAGGAACAAAACCAGUAAAUUGUCAAUUCUGCAAUGGCACUGGAAUGGAAACUAUCAGUACUGGACCUUUUAUCAUGCGCUCGACUUGUCGCUAUUGUCAUGGAACCAAAAUGUAUAUAAGAAAUCCUUGCUUAGAGUGCGAAGGAAAAGGCCAGACGGUGCAGCGGAAAAAAAUCACAGUGCCGGUACCAGCAGGAGUCGAAGAUGGUCAAACAGUUCGCAUGGCUGUCGGCAACAAGGAAAUCUUUAUCACAUUCCGUGUAGAAAAGUCGCGAUAUUUCCGCAGAGACGGUCCAGAUGUACAUACGGAUGCUGAAAUCUCAUUGUCGCAAGCCGUACUCGGUGGUACCAUCAGGAUCGAGGGUGUCUACGAAGAUCAGACAGUUCAAAUUCGCCCGGGUACCUCAUCUCACACAAAAAUACGUUUGACUGGCAAGGGAUUGAAAAAGGUCAAUGGACUUGGCAAUGGCGAUCAUUACGUCAACAUAAAGAUAGGCGUUCCUAAAACGCUUACGGAAAAGCAGCGGGCCCUUAUACAGGCAUACGCGGAGUUAGAAAAGAACACGCCUGGUACCAUCUACGGGGUGACAUUCAAGAAGGACGGAACAAAGGAAUGUUUUGCUGAACCGUACGACUUGAUGGAGUCGAUACGAAUAGCAUUAGGAGAUCGCCCAAUCAAGAAGACGUCUCCAACAUCCUUAGAACCAGAGGGUCCUGGUGACAAAGCCCAGAAUUCACCAGACAACAUGACGACGACGACGACGACGAGGACUACUGCUGAAUCUAGUUCAAAGCUUCCAAAGAGCAGCAGCCAGGAGAAGAGCAAGAACAACGACAACGUUGAUGUUCAAAAGAAACGCCAAGAGAUGGUUUGAUUUGACUGAUUCAAAGUGAUUUACUGAGCAUUUUUAGACACUGUAUAGCCACAGUUUAGAAGAAUCUGUCCUUUAGUCAAAAGAUUUAGCUUAAGUGUUUCUGGUAAACUUUUGAGGUAAUUUCUGGCCGGCGCUUGCUGGUGAUUAGUAAAGUACAGAAAAAACAGUGCGCUCGUGUCGUAUAGAGUCGAAGUGAAGUUUGUUGGUUAUAAGUAAAUAAUAAAUUCUGCAAGUUACCGCCAA